AAUCGAUGUCCUAGUUCUCGGCCAUGCAGCUACCACCAGGACCAUCGUACUUGCUGCGUCCGGUAAUCCACUUUCUCUUGGUGCUAAUUCUCAUUUAUGUCGUGUCCGGAUUCUUCUAUUCACGAUUUACUGUUGAUCGCUUUUCGUGGAUAACAUACCCUGUUGCUGCGCUGCUGUGGUUCCUCACUGGGGAGCUGAUGUCGUAUCUACGGAGGUGGACGCACAUGCAUCAAGAUGCUGCCCUCAAAGGCGCGGAUUUUGUCCCGGAUGUUCAGCAGAGUAGUUUCUCUAUCAUGCGCGCGCUCAUGAGGCAUACAAAAACGCUCAUGUAUCCUGGUGAAAUGUUUCUCGAAUGGCAUCGACAGUAUGGAAACACAUAUUGCAUCAACAUAUUUUCAGAAAGCCGGAUAAUUACUAUCGAGCCCGAACAUGUGAAGGCGGUUUUGGCCACGCAAUUCAAAGACUUUGAGAAGGGACCCAGGCUAUUUUCUCAGUGGGCGGACCUUCUUGGCACCGGUGUAUUCAAUUCGGAUGGUGACAUGUGGAAAUAUCACCGCAACAUGACCCGUCCAUUCUUCAGUAAAGACAGGAUCAGUGACUUCGAUAAUUUUGAGAGACACGCUGUCGAAACGAUUAGACUGAUAAAAGAUAGACUUGAAGAAGGAUAUCCAGUAGAUUUUCAGGAUGUCGUUUCACGCUUUACGUUGGAUUCGGCCACCGAGUUCCUUUUCGGCGAGGAUAUUUGUUCGCUAUCCGCUCGGCUUCCGUACCCAUCGGGGUGGUCGCAGUCGCAGGCGGGGGACACAGCCUUUGCUGCGGAUCACCCGUCGAAUAUCUUCGUUCGGGCGUUCGUGAAAGGACAGGAAUUGAUCGCUCGAAGAUCUAGGACGGGGACCAUGUGGCCACUGUUGGAAUUCUGGCACAACAAGGUUACGCCGCACAGACAUGUCAUAGAGGGGAUCGUUCAGCCUCUGCUUGACGAUGCGUUCGCGAGGAAGAAGCAGAAGGCAGACGCCGGCGAAGCUCUUGAUGAUAAGGAGAAAGAAGUCACCUCCCUUUUAGACGAUCUGGUCGAGGAUACCGAAGACACGCGCGCAAUCAUAGACGAGCUCGUGAACAUUCUCGUUGCCUCGAGAGAUACGACUGCAUCUCUGCUUACCUUUGCUGUGUACGCGCUUACGGAGAACCCACACAUCGUGAAGUGUUUACGGGAAGAGAUCGCCCAAGCUUUGGGUGAUAAACAGCCAACGUAUGCGGACAUUCGCGAUAUGAAAUAUUUGAGGGCAUUUUUGAACGAGACGUUGAGACUUUAUCCUCCCGUUCCUUUUGAUUCUCGAACUGCCAAUGUGGACACAACGCUGCCCAACACAAUAGGUCGACCAUACUAUGUAGCAAGCGGUACCAAAGUGCUAUGGGGAGUCUUCUGGAUGCACCGUAGGGUUGACCUGUGGGGUCCCGAUGCUCUUGAUUUUGACCCAGACCGGUUCCUUGAUUCCCGCCUACACAAGUAUCUAACGCCUAACCCGUUCAUCUUCUUGCCCUUCAACACUGGACCUCGGAUAUGUCUGGGCCAGCAGUUCGCGUACAAUGAAGCGUCGUACUUUGUCAUUCGGUUGCUCCAGACGUUCUCGUCCUUCAGUAUUGCGCAGGACGCACAAGCACCGGAGGCAAAGCCGCCGGUAAGCUGGGCAGGGGAUCAGGUCAAGGGAAGGGAUAAAAUAAUGUUUGGGACACAUCUUACUAUGUUUGCCAAGGAAGGAAUGUGGGUGAGGAUGGAAUAAGUGUUAUAGUUCAAUUUCUCCAGGUGUACUACUAGCGCGCAGCUAAUAACGUCGCUGCAUCUGCAUGAAGGAUGGGGGUGAAAAUGGUGCUCAUCAAUUCUGUUUCUAUCGGUACAAAGGUUGUUACAGCCCGUUAUGCGCCGGGGAACUCGGUACAUUAAACAUUCCCUUACUUCGGUACUAGUAUAGGUGAUUCGGCAUGUGCAACUGAGCCGGGAUAUGCAAGUCAAGUUCCUCGACACAUUCCCUUCGGUCGUAGGCCUCGGAAAAUGGGUGACUGUAUGAGGUUGCAGAACCCUAUGACUGCAUAUAGCGGGAUUAUAAAGGCUGGGGAAGACUAGUACAUGAAUCAACAUCAUAAUAUAAUGCUCUGGGUAG